UAGAAAUAAUGACACGUUUUUAAUUAUUGUGCAUGCAUAAUUUAUUAAAAAUGCGAAAAUCUUUUUCAUUUGUAUUACUCAGACAAAUUAAUACAUUAACUUGUGGUAGAUCCUACAAAAUAUCCUGGUUGCCAAGAGCAAAAUGUGAGAACGAAUUAUACAACAACUUGAUAAACAAUUUCAAUAAACUCCAAUUUUACAAUACUACGUCCAAAGCAGAAGUAAAGACGAAAAAUGAAAACAAUGAUAAUUUUGAAUAUUCAAAAGAAAAAUUAAUAUCACAAAUGAAUUUCUCAUCAGAAGAGCAUGCCAGACCUUAUUAUAAAUUACCAGUCAAGACCUUACUACAUAUCUAUCAAACUACUAAAAAUGAUAGCAAGAAUGGUUUCUGCAACAACAGACUAUAUUAUAUAGCCAAUAAAAUUAAGUGCUCACCAUCAGAACUUAGUGAACGCCUAGCAAAAAGAACUUUUGUGUACAGCUUGUCAUUUGAGUGGCUGGAGAACUCUUUGGAAACUCUACUAAAAAUGGGUGUGUCUACUGAUCGAAUUUUAAGAGAUUUAUGGGUGCUUAAAUAUAAGCAUGAGACAAUACGUGAAAGACUACAGAGAGUAAAAGAUAUGGGGAUUGAGACACUCUACCCUUGGAUGGUUCGUUGUAAACAGGAUAUUAUGAAUAGAUACAUAAAGAUAUCACAAGAUACAAAAAAUAUCCUUGGAAGAAAUAAAUCAACACAAAUUUAUUUGGCUGACCGAUUGAAUACCACCCCUGAGGCUGUUGCAGAGAUUUGCACAAGAAUACCAGCUCUUAAGACAAUCAGAGUUACAAAGGUAAAACAUUUUUUGGAUUUCUUGAUCAGUGAGGGCUUUCAACCAGAAGAUAUUGCUAAUAAGCCUAGGGUUCUAGCAGCUUCACCUGAUACAGUCAAGCUAAGGUUGGAAAAGUUGCGUAAAUUAGGACUUACUGAAAUCAAUCUUAAUGUUCUUUGUAAAAGUAGAAAAGACUUUAAAAAAUACUAUGAAUCAAUUGAAGCCUUACAUAUGGAGAAUAAGUUAUAAAUAAGAACUAGUAUGGCACUGUUGUCAUGAUGUAUGUUGAGAUUAUUAAUAAGUGUGAAAGCUUGUAGCCUAGAUGACAACAGCUUUUAAAUGGGAAACCAGACUUCACCUCCAGCUAAAAUGAAGCCUUAACUGGAAUUAUACAUCCCUGUUAUUUUUUUAAUCAUACAAUAGCUGUAGAUACAAUAGAACUGAAUAUUCAUGACUAAUUACUAUUUUCUGUACUGGAAGGUCAAUAGGAAUUUAGAAAUAAAACAUGUUGCAUACAAUUUA